AUGGCUAACAAAAGUGCUUCAUUCCAUCGAAACAAAUUGGUAAGAUCCACCAAAAUGAAAGAUUCCAUGAUUGUUAAGGAAGUUGUUUUACUGGUUGGUUUUGUUUUCCAAUGUAAAAAUACACUGCAACUUAUUCAAGUACUAGUUGGAGUUAUUGAACUCUUGGCCAAAAAGGUGUAA